AUGUUAAAUAAAUGCUAUCAACCAUCUAAGUGCAGAAGUUAUGGUUACUGUUGUUGCGAACAAAAAGAUGAAAACAUUAUGAAAAAUGAAUUGAAUGAACAUUUUUAUUCAUUGGAUGAAAAAAAGUUUUCUCAAGGUAUUAGUCAGGAAAAUGUGGAAAAUUACUUAGAAAAUCCUCCAAAAAAUGCAAGAAUUUUGAAACCAUUGAUUCAAGAAAAAAUUGUAGAAAUCAUGAAACCGGAAAUUGAAGAAAAAAUUAUAGAAGUUCCUCAAGUACAGUAUGUAGAAAAAGUAGUAGAAGUACCUCAUGUUAUUCUACAAGAAAAACUUAUACAUAUACCUAAGCCAGUAAUUCAUGAAAGAAUAAAAAAGUGCCCUAAAACAAUUUUUCAAGAAAAAAUUGUAGAAGUUCCUCAAAUUAAAGUUGUUGAUAAAAUUGUAGAAGUACCUCAGUAUGUAUAUCAAGAAAAAAUUAUAGAAGUACCAAAAGUAAUGGUUCAAGAAAGAAUUAUACCAGUACCUAAAAAAAUUAUCAAAGAAAAAAUUGUAGAAAUACCUCAAAUUGAAUUGAAAAAUAUAAACAUUGAAAAAAUUCAAGAAAUACCAGAAUAUAUUCCAGAAGUAGUAAAAAAGGAUGUUCCUUACACACAAAUUGUAGAUAGACCAUUUCAUGUUGAGAAAGUUGUUGAAGUGCCACACGUCCAACAUAUUUAUAGGAAUAUUGUAUCCCCUCAAUAUCGACAUAUACCAAAACCAGUAGAAGUUCCAAUGGCUCAUUACAGAACCUUCCCUGUUGAAAAAUUAGUUGAUAGAAAUGUUCCUGUACCCGUAGAAUUGCAAAUUGUUCAGGAAUUUCUAUGCCCCAAAAUUGAGGCAAGGUAUAAAGAAAUACCUGUACCUGUGCAUGUGCAGCGUAUUAUUGAACAUCCUAUACCUAAAGAUGCUAUGAAUAAUCCUCAUUUGUUACCUUUAUAUUAUCAAGAAGAUAAUAUUGAUAUACCAAGAAAUAAAUCAAAUCAAAAUAACUGUUUUGUAUUUAAUUGUAAUAAAAAUAAUACAAGAACAUCAAAAAUGAACCCCUCCGUAGAAUUAUUAUUACAUAAUGAUAGAAGUACAGAUCAAUUAUAUUCUCAGGAUCCAAAUAUGAAAUGCAAUUUUUCUUCGAAUAAUAUGUACAUGAAUCAAAAUUUGAAUGAUAUGAAUAGAUAUACAUAUAAUAAUGGAGAUAUCAAUAAGUCUAUGCCCGCUAAUAUUAAUUUAAAUUAUCCUAAUGGAAACCAAAAUUUACAAAAUAUGAACUACUAUUCUUCUAGAAUGAGUAAUAAUCCAUAUGAUAAUAAUAACAUUUUUAAAAACAAUAAUUCUAUAAACUACAGCAAUAACACCGGUCUUAAUAAUACCUAUAAUACUAUUUCUCCUACUAUUCCUCCAAUUAAUAACGAACAUAAUUAA